AGCCCCCAAACCCCCUAGGGAAAAGGAUGGCGGCGGCACCUACCCAGAUCGAAGCCGAGCUGUAUUACCUGAUCGCUAGAUUCUUGCAGUCCGGACCCUGCAACAAAUCCGCCCAGGUGCUAGUGCAGGAGCUCGAAGAGCAUCAGUUGAUUCCGCGCCGCUUAGACUGGGAGGGAAAAGAGCACCGAAGAAGCUUCGAGGAUCUGGUGGCAGCCAAUGCACACAUUCCUCCAGACUACCUCCUUAAAAUUUGUGAGCGGAUUGGUCCCUUACUAGAUAAGGAGAUCCCUCAGAGUGUUCCUGGGGUACAGACAUUACUGGGUGUUGGUCGGCAGUCUCUGUUACGGGAUGCCAAAGACUGUAAGAGUACACUAUGGAAUGGUUCCGCUUUUGCAGCUCUGCAUAGAGGCAGACCUCCAGAACUACCUGCAAAUUAUGUGAAACCUCCAAAUGUGGUGAAUAUCACCUCUGCCCGGCAAUUAACUGGAUGCAGUCGCUUCAGCCAUAUUUUCCCUUCAUCUGCUUACCAGCACAUUAAGAUGCAUAAGAGAAUUCUGGGGCACUUGUCAUCUGUCUAUUGUGUAGCAUUUGACCGAAGUGGGAGAAGAAUUUUUACAGGUUCAGAUGACUGUUUGGUGAAAAUUUGGGCAACGGAUGAUGGACGUCUCCUUGCUACACUCCGAGGGCACUCUGCUGAAAUUUCUGAUAUGGCUGUUAACUAUGAAAACACUCUUAUUGCUGCAGGCAGCUGUGAUAAGGUUGUAAGAGUGUGGUGUCUUCGAACUUGUGCACCAGUUGCAGUCCUUCAGGGACAUUCAGCUUCUAUUACUUCCAUACAGUUUUGUCCAUCAACUAAAGGCACAACCAGAUACCUCACUUCUACUGGUGCUGAUGGAACAAUCUGUUUCUGGCAAUGGCAUGUAAAAACAAUGAAGUUUAGAGAUCGCCCAGUGAAAUUUACUGAGAGAUCCAGACCUGGAGUUCAGAUAUCUUGCUCAUCUUUCAGUUCUGGUGGUAUGUUCAUUACAACAGGUAGCACUGACCAUGUGAUUAGAAUAUAUUAUUUGGGUUCUGAGACCCCUGAGAAAAUUGCUGAAUUAGAAUCACAUACGGACAAAGUUGUUGCUGUUCAGUUCUGUAACAAUGGAGACAGUUUAAGAUUUGUUAGUGGAAGUAGAGAUGGAACAGCAAGAAUUUGGCAAUAUCAGCAACAAGAAUGGAAGAGUAUAGUGCUAGAUAUGGCUACUAAAAUGACUAGGAAUAAUGUGCCAUCUGGAGAAGACAAGGUCACUAAACUUAAGGUGACUAUGGUGGCCUGGGAUCGCUAUGACACCACAGUUAUUACUGCAGUGAACAAUUUCCUUUUGAAAGUAUGGAAUUCUAUCACAGGGCAACUUCUUCAUACUUUAUCUGGACAUGAUGAUGAAGUAUUUGUUUUAGAAGCACAUCCAUUUGAUCAAAGGAUCAUACUUUCAGCGGGUCACGAUGGGAACAUUUUUAUUUGGGACCUUGACCGGGGUACCAAAAUUCGGAAUUAUUUUAACAUGAUUGAAGGCCAAGGCCAUGGUGCAGUGUUUGAUUGUAAAUUUUCACCAGACGGAAACCAUUUUGCCUGCACAGACUCUCAUGGUCAUUUGCUGCUUUUUGGUUUUGGAUGCAGUAAAUACUAUGAAAAGAUUCCAGAUCAGAUGUUCUUCCACACGGAUUAUCGACCCCUUAUCCGUGAUGCCAACAACUAUGUACUGGAUGAACAAACCCAACAAGCUCCUCACCUCAUGCCUCCCCCAUUCUUGGUGGAUGUUGAUGGCAAUCCUCAUCCUACAAAAUUCCAAAGACUGGUACCAGGACGGGAAAAUUGUAAAGAUGAACAACUUAUACCACAGCUGGGAUAUGUGGCUAAUGGUGAUGGUGAGGUGGUAGAACAAGUAAUUGGACAACAAACCAAUGACCAAGACGAAAGUAUUCUUGAUGGGAUAAUCAGGGAGCUACAGAGAGAACAAGAUCUUAGACUAAUUAAUGAAGGAGAUGUUCCUCAUUUUCCAAUUAAUAGAUCAUAUUCUGCUAAUGGUGCUCUGAGAAGUCCAAAUAUGGACAUAUAUUCAUCCCCAAAUAUUGGGCUUCGACGUAGUGGUCAGAUUGAAGGUGUCCGACAAAUGCAUAACAAUGCUCCUCGAAGCCAGAUGGCCACUGAACGAGAUCUCAUGGCAUGGAGCAGAAGAGUGGUGGUCAAUGAACUAAAUAGUGGAGUUAGUAGGGUUCAGGAAGAAUGUCGAACUGCAAAAGGUGACAUAGAAAUCAGUCUUUAUACAGUUGAAAAGAAGAAAAAGCCAUCUUAUACUACCCAAAGGACUGAUUAUCAGCCUAGCUGUGGGCGGUCUUUACGGAGGACACAGCGCAAACGUCAACAUACUUACCAAACACGGUCCAACAUAGAGCAUAAUUCACAAGCAUCGUGUCAAAAUUCAGGUGUACAGGAAGACUCAGACAGCUCCUCAGAGGAAGAUGAAACAAUUGGCACAAGUGAUGCUUCUGUAGAGGAUCCUGUUAUUGAAUGGCAAAGUGAAAGUUCUUCCAGUGAUUCAUCAAGUGAAUAUUCUGAUUGGACAGCAGAUGCUGGAAUAAAUUUGCAACCUCCAAAAAGACAAACCAGACAGACAACACGGAAAAUAUGCAGCAGCUCAGAGGAGGAGAACUUGAAGUCACUAGAAGAAAGGCAAAAGAAAACUAAACAAACUAGAAAGAAGAAAGGAGGACUGCUUUCUAUGGCAGGUGAACCCAAUGAAGAAUGGUUUGCCCCUCAAUGGAUUUUGGAUACCAUACCACGACGUUCCCCAUUUGUCCCACAGAUGGGAGAUGAGCUUAUCUAUUUCAGGCAAGGACAUGAAGCUUAUGUGAGGGCUGUAAGGAAGUCAAAAAUAUACAGCCUUAAUUUACAAAAACAGCCAUGGAAUAAAAUGGAUCUCAGGGAACAAGAAUUUGUUAAGAUUGUAGGAAUCAAAUAUGAGGUUGGACCACCUACACUAUGUUGCUUGAAGCUUGCAUUUCUGGACCCCAUUUCAGGCAAAAUGACUGGAGAAUCUUUUUCCAUUAAGUAUCAUGACAUGCCAGAUGUCAUUGACUUCCUUGUACUACAUCAGUUUUAUAAUGAAGCCAAAGAAAGGAACUGGCAGAUAGGUGAUAGAUUCCGCAGUAUAAUAGAUGACGCCUGGUGGUUUGGGACUGUGGAGAGUCAGCAGCCUUUUCAACCAGAGUAUCCUGAUAGUUCUUUCCAGUGUUACAGUGUUCACUGGGACAAUAAUGAGAGAGAAAAGAUGAGCCCCUGGGAUAUGGAGCCAAUUCCAGAAGGAACUGCCUUUCCAGAUGAAGUUGGUGCUGGUGUUCCUGUGUCCCAGGAGGAACUGACUGCUUUGCUAUACAAACCCCAGGAAGGAGAAUGGGGGGCUCAUUCCAGAGAUGAGGAAUGUGAACGGGUUAUUCAGGGCAUCAACCACCUUCUUUCCCUGGAUUUUGCCAGCCCUUUUGCUGUUCCAGUGGAUCUCAGUGCCUAUCCCUUGUAUUGUACUGUAGUUGCUUAUCCAACUGACCUCAACACCAUUAGGCGGAGACUUGAAAAUCGCUUUUACAGGAGAAUAUCAGCAUUAAUGUGGGAGGUGCGCUACAUUGAGCAUAAUGCCAGGACUUUCAAUGAACCAGACAGUCCUAUAGUUAAAGCAGCCAAAAUUGUAACUGAUGUCUUACUUCGAUUUAUUGGGGAUCAGAGCUGUACUGAUAUACUGGAUACUUAUAAUAAAAUUAAAGCAGAAGAACUAAACAGUACUGAUGCAGAGGAGGAUACAGAAUUGGUUGAUUUAGAUUCAGAUGGUCCUGGUACUUCAUCUGGGAGAAGGGUCAAAUGCCGAGGCAGAAGACAGUCUUUAAGGUGUAAUCCUGAUGCUUGGAGAAAACAAUGCAAAGAACUAUUGAGCCUCAUUUAUGAACGUGAAGAUGCAGAGCCUUUUCGACAGCCAGCUGAUCAUCUUUCUUAUCUAGGCCAUCAAGAACAAGAGGGAGAAUCCUCAGAGUCAGUUGUUGCAGAAAGACAAGAGCCAUCUCUUUCUGAGGAUUAUCCAGAUAUUACAGACACUCCUAUGGACUUCAGCACUGUGAAAGAAACUUUGGAAACAGGAAAUUAUGGUAGUCCUCUGGAAUUUUAUAAGGAUGUUCGCCAAAUAUUCAGCAACUCCAAAACUUAUACCUCUAAUAAAAAGUCAAGGAUCUAUAGCAUGACACUGCGAUUAUCUGCCUUAUUUGAAAGUCAUAUUAAAAAUAUCAUCUCUGAAUAUAAGUCAGGAAUGCAGAGUCAGAAGAGGAGGCGGCCACGGUACAGAAAACGUCUAAGAAGCAGUAGCAGUUCAUUAUCUAGUAGCAGAGCUCCUAGUCCCAAAGGGAAGCAGAAACAAAUGAAGUUGCAGCCUAAAAAUGACCAGAAUACCUCAGUGUCUUAUGCCAGGACUAGCUCUCCUUUCUCGUCUCCUGUUUCAGAUGCUGCUGAAGGCCUUUCAUUAUAUUUACUGGAUGAUGAAAUGGAUGGGCCGUUUUCUUCAUCGAGCUUCAGUGGUUAUAGCAGAAGUGGAAAUAGUCAUGACCCAGGGAAAGCCAAAUCAUUUCGGAAUAGAGUUUUACCAAUUAAACAAGAUCACUCCCUUGAUGGACCCCUUACAAAUGGUGAUGGCAGAGAGCCUCGGACAGGAAUCAAAAGAAAACUACUUAGUGCAUCAGAAGAAGAUGAAAACAUGGGAAGAGAAGAGAAAGAGAAAAAAGAAACAAAGGAGAAAUCACAUUUGUCCUCCUCAGAGAGUGGAGAGUUAGGAUCCAGUUUAAGUUCUGAAAGUACCUGUGGUUCUGAUUCUGAUUCUGAAUCAACUUCCAGAACAGAUCAAGAUUACAUAGAUGGAGACCAUGACUAUAGCAAAUUCAUACAAACCAGGCCUAAAAGAAAACUAAGAAAGCAGUAUGCCAAUGGGAAAAGAAACUGGAAGACAAGAGGCACAGGAGGAAGGGGCAGAUGGGGAAGAUGGGGUAGAUGGAGUAGAGGAGGCCGAGGAAGAGGAGGCAGGGGACGAGGAGGUCGAGGAAGAGGUGCAGGUGCCACUAGAGGGAGAGGGAGAGGGAGAGGAGGAAGAGGUGCUUCUAGAGGAGCCACCAGAGCCAAACGUGCACGUAUUGCAGAUGAUGAAUUUGAUACAAUGUUUUCAGGACGUUUCAGUAGACUGCCUCGAAUUAAAACAAGAAACCAAGGCAGGAGGACUGUUUUAUAUAAUGAUGAUUCUGAUAAUGACAAUUUUGUGUCCACUGAAGAUCCUCUGAAUCUUGGUACAUCCAGAUCAGGCAGAGUGCGUAAAAUGACAGAAAAAGCCAGGGUUAGCCAUCUCAUGGGAUGGAAUUAUUAACAGUUAAUAAAUUUAGAGUAAUUUAAAAAAUUCAA